AUGAGCCGCUAUCCGCUGUACGGUGUCAACGAUGAUGCCGUGUGGACGUCGCGCGGUGGUUCGAUGCCGGAACCACCGCGUGGCGCCUCCGUACAGCCGUUGCACCCAAGUAUGCCUUAUUCCACCUAUCCGGGAACAACCACUCAUACCACUAUUGUACAUUCUUCGUUGAAACCAGUAGCAGACGCGGAUAUAUACAGGGUUGGCAUCUAUGGAUGGCGGAAGCGAUGCCUCUACAUAUUUAUUCUUCUCCUAACAAUUAUAAUUGUUCUAAACUUAGCUUUGACCGCCUGGAUAAUGUCUGUGCUGGACUUCUCAACGGAUGGUAUGGGAGCGCUGAAGAUCCAAGAUGAUGGUAUUAGAGUUGAAGGACGAGCACAAUUCGAUAAACCAGUCACUUUUUCACAUUUGAGCACAGCACGAGACGAAGCUUUGACAAUAGACUCGUAUCGUGGUAUUCAUAUGCAGGCGCGUAAUGCUUCCGGACAAAUUUCCGCUCGUAUGUCGUUGACCGCUGACGGCAAAACACAAGCGGUUUGCAAUCGAUUCGAGGUGUUUGAUCCAGAUAAUCGGCUGUUAUUUUUCGCCGAUUCGGAUGAGAUUGGGCUCAAAUUGGAAAAUCUUCGUAUUCUUGAUGACGGUGGAAGUGUAUUUGAGGGCGCAAUACAGACUGCAUUCGUUCGACCAGAACCGGACACUCCGUUAAGGUUAGAGUCACCAACGCGAAGCAUUUCCGUUGAUGCAGCGCAAGAUAUCGAAUUACUCACCGCUGCUGGUGAGGUUCGAAUAAACUCCCUACUGGAUGUUACCGUCGCGUCAAAGCAGGGUGAAAUCCGGCUAGAAUCCGCCAAUAUUUAUAUGGAUGGUCAACCACGAAGCGCUGGACGUGGUGCACCACAACUCCAACUCUGUGUAUGUCAUAAUGGACGAGUUUUCCUUGCGGCUAACGGAGCCGAUUGUCGAGCAGAUCGAAAUAUUUGCCAAUAA